AUGGAAAUUAAGUUCUGCGGUGUGACACUGGAACAAGAAACGGCAUAUGCACUUCGUGAUAUACUCAACGAGGGAUCUUGUGAGCGGUUGAAGCACCUGUCGUUUUCAUCCUGCCGUGGAUUCGGAAUCCAAAAAGCACUCUCCACAGAUACCAUAAAAACACCUCUGGAAUCCAUUCGGAUCGAGGCAACAGAAGUGGGACGCUUGGGUCUAGAUCCCCUCUGGUUAUAUGUGCAACACAGUAAGCAUUUACAAAAACUGCAGUUCUACGAGGCAAGCGUGGUGGAAAAUUCUAGUGGAGUGCUUCUGGCAUUGACAACAACGAGAUCGUUGCGGUUUCUGGAGUUGAGUUAUUGCAUUUUUGAUGAUCCAAGCGUUGAAAUUUUUGCCUUGGCGCUUGCCAAAAAUCAAUCUCUGUACACCCUUUGCAUAAUUGCCGGAGAACUAGAUGAUUCUCAAUUGGCUUGCAUUCUUUCAAAUUUGAGCCAUUCAAAACUCAAGAUAUUGAAACUUCCGCGCAACUACCUCGAACAAAGAGGUGCGGUGGCCCUGGGAAGACUAUUAGACGCCGAUUCUACUUGCCAGCUAGCGUCUCUCGACCUGAGUCACCAACAUGCUGAACGAGCAAGCAAACUGGACUGUAACAUUUUUUUACAGCAACUGAGCACGAACCAAACCCUGACAUCAUUGAAUCUGUCGUUUUGCAAACUCAACAACAACGAUGCUACUGUCUUGGCAACAUACCUUGCUCCCAAUCAGACCCUUCAAGACUUGGAUUUGCGAUCUAACAACAUCCAAGAUGAAGGCAUCCUAGCACUGGCAGAAUAUCUGAGGUCAUCACCGCCACUGAAAAAGAUCUUCCUGUUUGGCAAUCCUUUUCGAGAGACGGGGGCUGCCGCACUCUACAAGGCAAUCGAGGUGAAUACAAUUCUACAAAUUUUAAACAUGGGAUACACAUCCUGCUACUAUGACCUUGUGCAAUUUUACACCUGCCUGAAUCGUGGAGGGCGAGGCCUAUUGUCGCAGGAUCCCAACCCUGCCAUAUGGCCGUUGGUCUUUGAACGAGGUGAGGCUGUCAGUAGGACUGCCAGAGGGACCUGCUCUGACGCCGAUUUGAUCUUUCAGUUGUUACAUGGUCCUGUUCUGAUGUUCUUAUAA